AUGGGACCAGUUGAGAUGCAGGCUAAGGAGAAGAGGCAGGACACGGAGGAGCAUGACACGCAGGCUAAGAAGAGGCAGAACACGGAGGACCAUGACACCCAGGCUAAGAAGAGGCAGAACACGGAGGACCAUGACACCCAGGCUAAGGAGAAGAGGCAGGACACGGAGGACCAGGACACGCAGGCUAAGAAGAGGCAGAACACGGAGGACCAUGACACGCAGGCUAAGAAGAGGCAGAACACGGAGGACCAUGACACCCAGGCUAAGGAGAAGAGGCAGAACACGGAGGAGCAUGACACGCAGGCUAAGAAGAGGCAGAACACGGAGGACCAUGACACCCAGGCUAAGGAGAAGAGGCAGGAGACGGAGGAGCAUGACACGCAGGCUAAGAAGAGGCAGAACACGGAGGACCAUGACACCCAGGCUAAGGAGAAGAGGCAGGACACGGAGGACCAGGACACGCAGGCUAAGAAGAGGCAGAACACGGAGGACCAUGACACGCAGGCUCUGUGA